AUGGAUAAUGAAAGGAGUAAAAAAAGAAAGACAUUAUUGUCGUUUUUCAAACAUAAAGAAAAUUCAUCUACAUCUACGGUUAACGAGGUAAAUCUUCAAUCUUAUACAUCUAAUAUAGAAGAAGAACAACCUGUUUUAAAUUUUCCAAGGGUUGAAAUUGAUCUUAAUAAUCUUGAACGAAAUCCCGCAAUUUGGAUUCCUAUAUGGCAACAUCCAAUAAAUAAACAAGAUGAAAUUAGGCGGUCUUAUAUUAGAAUGGGUCCGUAUCAACCUAAGUUAGAUGAGUAUCCAAGAACUAAGUUUGGAUCACAAACUCAGUAUCGUAGAUUUCAAUACUCGUGGUUUGAAAAGUUUCCUUGGUUAGAGUAUUCUUCAUCAAAGGAUUUAAUAUUUUGUUUUCCUUGUUUUCUUUUCCAAGAGAAAUCACAUAUUAAUCCUUCAUUCACUAUUGAUGGAUUUAAUAACUGGAAAAGAGUUAACGAUGGAGUUAAAUGUCCACUUUUAAUUCACGUGGGAGGUCCUACUUCCUCACAUAGUAAUUCAGUGAAAUGUGUUGAAGAUUUGAUGAAAGUAAGUGGACAUAUUGACAACAUAUUGAAUGCCCAAAGUUUAGAUGAAGUUCAGAAAAAUCGAUUACGACUUAAGACAACAAUUGAGAGUAUUCAAUGGCUUAGUUUACAAGCUUGUGCAUUUAGAGGUCAUGAUGAAUCUUCAUCUUCUAAAAAUUGUGGUAAUUUUAUAGAGAUGAUAAAACUUAUGGGUCGAUUGAAUGUUAAUAUUGGUGAUAUAGUAUUAGAAAAAGCUCCAAGAAAUGCAACAUAUACUUCACCAACUAUUCAGAAAGAAAUUUUGCAUAUUUUUGCAAAUAAAGUAAAGAAAAAAGAGCCGAUGUCAAUUAUUUUGAGAUUUGUUGAUUGUUUGGGUAUUUUACGAGAGCGUUUCUUUGAUAUUGUUAAUGUUCCAAAUACUACUGCUUCAACAUUAAAGAAGAGCAUAUCAGAUGUUCUUUCUCGACAUAAUUUGAAUGUCACCAAUAUGAGAGGGCAAGGAUACGACGGUGCUAGUAACAUGUCUGGUGCUUGGAAUGGACUUCAAGCUCUAUUUCUUCGAAAGUGUCCAUAUGCAUAUUAUAUACAUUGCUUUGCUCAUAUGUUGUAA